CAGGGUUCCCGAAUGUACGUUUCCACGGACUGAAAUCAAAAUAAACCGAUCAGAGGGGAAAGAAUCACUAUCCCAUUGUACCGGAUUCUUUGGGUGGAGCUAGGAAUCCUGGGCUUCGGGAAAGAGACCGAUCGAGAGGGGCAGCAGCCCUAGUGGACCGGGACCAGCAAAGAUGUAUCGGUUGUCCAGACAAUCGAAAGCCCCAGAGCCAGUCGUCGGAUUUACGACAACGUGAGGCAGUACCGAGAACACCUGGGGUGGAGUCAGUAGCGGAAGAGGCAUCAGCUGAUCGCGCCUUGGAAGUGGGCGCGGGCCUAAUCAUGCCGCAGUGAUCAGAGAUAUCCGCAAAAUGGCAUGUCCCUUCUCGAGGGGAUUCGCGAGGCCUACGCGAGAUCAGAAGCCGGAUCGGGAUGGACAGGAAACCCGACCAACCGACCAGGAUCGGAGGACCACCAGACCCCCGACCAGACAGCCUUCCGUUCAAGUCAUCUCUCUGAAUGCCGAGGAGAACGAGGAGGAGGGAACGCAAACUCUUAACCUCAAGCACCUCAGGGCUGCCGUGCUCAUUCUAACGAACCCAUCGAACGAAGUAAUGGCCGUGGCUCUGGGCGGUCUUUUGAGCAGGAGCGAAGUGCCACUUCCGGCUUCGGCGUCCUUGGAAAAGCUGCUCAACAACGCCGAAAAUGAGGAGAAUUACAACCUCCUGGAGGACAUUUACGAGACGCUCAAUUACGACUGCGCGAUCGACGUCAACGGGUUCCUCGACCGUCUUGGCCAGGAGUUGAUCACGACCGCCUGUGUGGGUUUACUGGAGCGUGCUUUCCGAAGUCUGGGCAACGACUUGACAGCUUUCUUGACGACCCUGGACGGCGUCAACGACGUGGUGCAACAUCAGUCUGGAUCCGAAACCGAGGCCGAAUUCGUGUGCAUCGCGACCCAGGGUGCCCUGGAGCUUCACUUCACGACCGAACACCCGUCCGUUGCCUAUCUUCUGGUCGGAAGUCUCAAAGGCAUUGCCAGGCGAUUCUACAACGACAAGGCCGACGUCUACAUCCUGCCCGACGCCUACAAUACCAAGUUCUUUCGAUAUCGGAUCACUCCCGAGCAUUACGAGCAACCGGAAUCCGAAGUCGACGACGACUUUGACGUCGUGACGUCGAUAUAUCGACCUCUGUCUUCCGAGGCCGCCGAUCUGCAGAUGGGAGUGGCGAGCUUCUGCAAAGCCUUCCCCUGGCACUUCGUCGUCGACCGUCGACUGGAGCUGGUGCAACUGGGCACCGGGUUCAUGCGCAUUUUCGGCCACCGUCUCAAUCAACUUGGUCGUGAGAUAUCGACGUACUUCGUAUUUACUCGCCCCAGAGGAGUGUCCAUCACGUUCCACGAGAUCCUGAAGCGCGCCAACACGCCGUUCGUCCUCACGCUGAAGGGACUUCCCGACACGGAGAGCUUUUCCGCGGAGGGUUUGGAGCUAAAGGGUCAGAUGGUCCAUUGUCCGGAAUCCGAUUCGAUUCUCUUCGUGAGUUCGCCGUUCCUCAAUGGGCUGGAAGGGUUGAAUAGUCGUGGACUCUUCAUCUCCGAUAUUCCGUUGCACGACGCUACCAGAGACGUGAUUCUGGUCGGGGAGCAGGCCAGAGCUCAGGAUGGCCUGAGGCGACGAAUGGACAAAUUGAAAAGCUCGAUCGAGGAAGCAAAUCGCGCGGUGGACGCGGAGAGGGCGAAAAACGUCAGUUUGCUGCAUCUGAUCUUCCCACCGGACAUCGCGAAACGACUUUGGCUUGGUGAAACGAUCGAAGCAAAGACUUAUCCAGACGUCACCAUGCUUUUCAGCGACAUCGUCGGUUUCACCGCAAUAUGUUCCACGGCCACCCCGAUGAUGGUCAUCAACAUGCUGCAAAAUCUAUACGAAAGAUUCGACAUCUACUGCGGCCAGCUCGACGUUUACAAGGUGGAAACAAUCGGCGAUGCGUAUUGUGUGGCAUGUGGACUCCACAGGAACACGGAAACUCACGCACAACAAAUCGCGUGGAUGGCUCUCAAAAUGAUACAAACGUGUUCCCAGCAUUUAACGCACGACGGAAAACCGAUAAGGAUGCGCAUUGGCAUUCACACCGGAAUGGUAUUGGCGGGGGUGGUGGGCAAGAAGAUGCCGAGGUAUUGUCUAUUCGGACACAAUGUGACACUUGCGAACAAGUUCGAGUCAACGAGCGAGCCAUUGAAGAUCAAUGUCAGUCCGACCACGCAACGGAGGCUGAUCCAGAAACCAGGAUUCCUAUUGGAGACGAGGACCAAGGACAAUCUUCCCAAAGGAAUGCCACUUGACGAGGAGGGCACGUGUUACUUCCUAAAUGGGUACCAACACGACGAAGUUGACAAGAGCGCACCCCUUGACGGUCACAUCGAGGCAGCAUUGACAGAAUUCGGGAUUACCAACAGCCUGUAGAUAUUUGGCAUUUUGUACGAAAGGAAUUAUAGAAUGCGAGAGGAGGAUCCCGGUUAGAAAAAACACCUGAACGCGAGAAUGAAAAAAUAGACGAGGGGAAAGGCGGAACUUGGGAGGAAGAAACCGCAAAAGUUGCCGAUUACAAUGCUAUAACAAUGAUUUUGUCUUAAUCACCAGCAGGCACUAACCGUAAAAUUAAAUAACACACCGCUAUGGGCGCUACCGUAAAACACGCGAAGGAAAAAUCUAUUACGCUGAUGUAACUAUUUAUACGCAGAGU